UGCUGCUCCGGGCGCUCCAUCGCCGGCCUGGGGACUCGGGAUCCCGCCGCCCGGCCGCAGCAUGGGGCGCUUCCGCGGGGGCCUGCGCUGCAUCAAGUACCUGCUGCUCGGCUUCAACCUGCUCUUCUGGCUGGCGGGGUCGGCCGUCAUCGCCUUCGGACUGUGGUUUCGGUUCGGAGGCACCAUGAAGGAUCUGUCAUCGGGGGACAAGUCCCCGGAGUACUUCUAUGUGGGGUUCUACGUGCUGGUGGGAGCUGGGGCCCUGAUGAUGGCCGUGGGCUUCUUCGGGUGCUGCGGAGCCAUGCGGGAGUCACAGUGUGUGCUCGGAUCUUUUUUCACCUGCCUGCUGGUGAUAUUUGCUGCUGAAGUAACCACUGGAGUGUUUGCUUUCAUAGGCAAGGAUGUAGCUAUCCGACAUGUUCAGACCAUGUAUGAAGAGAUUUAUAACGAUUACCUUAAAGACAGGGGAAGGGGAAAUGAGACUCUCAUUACCUUCCACUCAGCAUUUCAGUGCUGCGGAAAAGAAAGUUCGGAACCGGUCCAACCCACAUGCCCAAAGGAGCUUCUAGGACACAAGAACUGCAUUGAUGAAAUCGAGACCAUACUCAGUGUUAAGCUCCAGCUCAUGGGAAUUGUCGGUAUUGGAAUUGCAGGUCUCACGAUCUUCGGCAUGAUAUUCAGCAUGGUCCUUUGCUGCGCGAUACGAAACUCACGAGAUGUGAUAUGAAGCUACUUCUACGUGAAAAUUUCAAUCGAGAGCUUUCAUAUAAAUGUCACAGGAGCUGUCUCCUGGCUCGUUUUUAAUAUUCAAAGGACAUUAGGAUCUAAAAUAAUUUGCUGUCAAUUGUACAUUUGCACAUGUAUGUAUGCUUGGCUUGUACUGAUUUACCCCUCGAGUGAAUGCCUAUGUAUGUUGAUUGAGAGCAUGUUCGUGUGUGACCUAUGUGCUUCCAGCAUAUGCAUUAUACAGAAUGAAAUCAGUUUGCUGGGAAUUCUUGAUUCUUGUUAUAUGGUGAAAGGAACAACCUGUUUAACUCUCAGAAAAAGGUCAAAAGCUUUGAAAAACUUAAAAACUUGGCUAUGCAUAAAAAAGUAAUAAUGGAUCGGUUUCUCAAAGUCUAGCCACAGAAAGUUAGGUACAGAGAAUCCAGGGAUUUCUAGUUAACAGAAGCAAUAAGCUAUGGGAAUGGAGAGAUCACAGUGUAGUGCUAAACUUGACUAUGUCUGAGGAGAGUGUAAGGGUUCCUGGGAUUUUUUUAUAUACAUACUCUCCCCUGAAUACAGUAAACCACAGUUUUAGAACUAAAUACAUCUGUAAAACUAAAUAUAGCAUGGAAAAUCUAAUUUGAAUAAGUCAUACUUUCCUAGUAUUUAAAAACCUCCCUCUGGAAAGAGUGGUCACACAGACAAUCAUGUGUCCUAUAAAAGCAAGUGUUUUAAGGACUAAAACAAAAAAACUUUUAACUACUUUUUAAGAAAAUAUUUUUGUCCUCCUAUAAAGAUGUUUAAAUGUCGCUUUAUUACUUUUUUUCUGACGCUGCUUUGAACUACUGCAACCCUCACAUCCACAAAAAGGUUUGUAUCUCCAGCUUGUAUUUCUCCAUAUGCAAGGCUAGGAAGACUAAAGUAAGAGACCUGGCAGUUGGACAUUGUGGGAAAGAGAAUUUUUACUGGCACUGUAUCUUUAAAAUACCUCAUAACUUGAGUUUACAUAUUUUCCUAUUUUUCUUAUUUAUUCAUCUAGAGAAUUCUUCAUAGAUUAAGAACUAUAGUUUUCACCAUUUAAAAUGAAUAAAACAAAAUCCUAAGUCAAAUAUUAUAUCAUGAGUGUCCUUGGCCAACCCAACAUAAACAAAGGAAAGCAUCGUCUCCCAGUUGUGUGCACACAACAGAGACAACCUAAGGAAACAGAAACAUUUCCACACACUGCAGCAAUCUGGUUAGUCCAAUGCACAUCCCCCAUAAAAAUAAAAUCUUCAUGUUCUUCUAUGGUCUUGAUGCUUCAUUUUAAGAACAUAAACCCAAAUUUAGGAUCUAAAUUGAUAUAUUUGUUCAUUUUUAACAACUCGGUACAUUUAGUAAAUAAAUCCUAGAGGUUUUUUUAAUUAUUGCAUUUGUUAAAGCCACCCAGAAGUGAAAGUACUGGGGACUUUGGAAAUGCCCAAGUAAGGUUGUGCACGUGUGAGAAAAGAAGUCUUUGGGUGUGCUCUUCCAGGAAACGUCUACAAACCAUUUUAAUGAGAAGGCUUAACCAUCUGAAAUGUCUCACUCCCAUAGAGAACCACAUUUCCUCUCUGCCACACUUACUACUGCUACUAGGCUUUUCUAGAAAAAAAGUCAGAUUGGAAACGAGCUAAAAAUUGAAUUGCGCAUAGCUACUUUACUGUUUCUAUCGCCAACAAAAAUAUUAUUUAAGAAAAUCAAUUCAUGAAAUAACAGUUUAUACCCCAUUCAUUGAGAAAUACAACCUUUUAAGCGGAGAACAAACAGUCCCUCUCUCUUGGUGGCUUCAGUUCAUCUGUCUGCUUGAAGACAGGAAGCGGGCCCAAGUUGCACGCUCAGGUUUCUUCCAGCUCAGACUCAGCUUGGAUUCAACAAAAGGGAGUUCCAUUGUAUAUCUGAACAACCAACCUUCAAAAAGACCACACUGGUUAAGAGUAGAGAUAUGUGCCAUAUAUGAUUAAUGUGCCAUAUGUGAUUAAUAUGUAUCUCUUGAAUAUAUAUACAUAUAUAACUUGAAUAUAUGUAUACAUGUGUAUGUGUGUGCAUGCAUAUACACAUAUGUAUACAUAUAUGGACACACACACACACAUAUAUAUAAAAGUUUGGUUAUGUCUGUUUACCUGAACUAAUCUGAGGUCAGGCCCAAACAUAUUCUUAAGCGUCUGGUGCCAAAGCACUGAAUUAAAACUUCUUGAAAUAUUUUAAGUUAUUUCAAAUUAAAUUUUCUAUGUACUAGAA